AAACCCACCCCAGCAUCACACCACUGCUGGGAGUCAACAUUUGAUCACUCAGACAUGGCAAGUAAGAAGGCCUCCAAUAAGAGACAGAGGGGGGGACAGAAGUCCUGCUCCAAUGUCUUCUCCAUGUUCGAGCAGUCACAGAUCCAGGAGUUUAAAGAGGCUUUUGGCUGUAUUGACCAAGACAGAGACGGCGUCAUCAAAAAACAGGAUCUAAGGGAGACCUAUGGACAGCUGGGGAAGCUUAAUGUCAACGAUGAGGAGCUGGAUGAGAUGUUGAAUGAGGGGAAGGGUCCCAUCAACUUCACAGUGUUCCUGACUCUUUUUGGGGAGAAACUCAAUGGUACGGAUCCUGAGGACACUAUACUUGCUGCCUUCAAACUUUUUGACCCCAACGCAACAGGCUUUGUUAAUAAGGAGGAGUUUAGACGAUUACUGAUGAACCAGGCUGAUAAAUUCACAGCAGAGGAGGUGGAUCAGGCUUUCGCUCUGGCUCCCAUCGACCCAACAGGCAACAUCGACUACAAGUCGCUCUGCUACAUCAUCACACACGGAGAUGAGAAGGAAGAAUCCUAACAAGGACUUGGAUAUGUGCAGUUAAACUGGUUAAAAUAUGCUAAACUGGCUGAUUAAACUGGAUUUUUUUCUGUUUGUUAAAUAAAGUGAAUACAAUGUUGGGCAUUUCAAAACUUC